GUAUUAAGAAAUUGUCUCUAAGUUUACAGAUGGUGAAACUUUAAUAUUCUAAAUUUAUUCAGUGUUCAAACCUUAGUCACUUAAAAUGCUUUGUCAUCAUUACGUUAUACGUCUACAAUGACUGCACAGUACUGUAACCUAAUCCUAGUGGAAAAAUUGCUUCCUACUUCCCUCUCUUCAUCGUCCCACCUGCUGCUCCUAAAUUUACAGUCGUAAGUGUGUCAGUUUUGUGCGCAGGAUGACUGAGGAUCAUAUAGAUAAAAGAAGAAGGAUCAGAUGUUUCAGAAGAUCUUGAAAAGAAGAAAAAUAUUCACCUCCUCUUUUAAGGUGUUCUGCCAACCACCAGGAUGCAAGACUCUGAAUGGUCAACAGUAACACAUUUUGGAACAAUACAACACAAACAAAAUGCAGUGCCAUCCAAUAAUAUCAUUACAAGCCACGACUGGAGUGACUUACCAGAAUGUUCGAUCUGCUUUUGUGCAUACGACAACACUUUCAAGACUCCAAAGCUUCUUGAUUGUACUCACACCUUCUGCCUAGAGUGCAUGGCACGUUUUGUGGCUAUUGCACCGGAGCAGAAUGUCACCCAGAUCACCUGCCCUCUUUGUCGACGCCCAACAACUGUACCAGAGCAUGGUGCCCCAGGUCUGGUCACCAGUCAGGAAGUUUUGGGUCAACUUCCGAGCGACCAGCAACAAGUGGAAAAAGUUUUCCUGGAUGGACAGAAACUGUGCUACUCGAACACAACAAUAUCUGACUGUAUCUGUAUUAACAUCGCAGGGAACAAACAAGAGGAGAGCGAGAGCAGUGAGGAGCGAACUGAGGGUUGUGGGCGCAGGCUGUUGAGAUUCUUGGGGUUUUACGGGAACAGGAAGAGACUCAUACUCUUUAUUAUAAUAAUGCUUGUACUACUCUUCAUCAUAAUGUGGCCUCUACAGUGUCUGUUUGUGUCUAAAUGUGUCAAGGAAGAAGCAGGGACUCCAGAAACGCUUAUUGUCACAAAGCCUUCAGUGGGUUUAUAGGGCACAAAUUAAUGUUGUGAAAGAGACUAAGGUUAUCUUUCACGCAAACCAGAAGCAUUUAUUUGAGUGGAAGCAAAACACUUGAUAAGAUUGACUCUGUGAAAUGAAGGUCGAUAGCAGAAGAGGCUAAAACACAACAGCUUGAUAUUUUGUUAAAAACACACAGCUUUCUCAAUUUGACAAGUAUUACAUGUAUACAAAAUAUUGAUCACUGAAUAUUUGUUGUAUUUGGUUUUAAAGGUGGCAUGCAUGAUCUCUGAAAGCCAAUUUUGACAUUUGAAAUAACAUAAACAAACCCAAUAGAAUCAGGACCUUUUUUUGAAAAGACCUUCCCCACACAUACGCAACCGAUUAGUAGACACGCCCCUUAAUGCUGAUUGGCUACAAGUGUGUAGCCACUUUUCCAAAGUUUUUGUUUUUUUUCAAAAAUCAUGCACCCCGCCUUUAAUUGACACAUACUUUCCACACUUCACUGUAAAUUAUUUUUGUAUGUUUAAAAUAGGCAAAACACUUUUAAGUAAA